CGCGCACACACUUCCUCACUCACUCCUCUCCUACUCCUACUCCUUCCUUCCUAUUCAUCGUCUUUCAUAUUUCCCCUUAAUUACAAUCUCACUCUUUAUAUUCCCCAUAAGGAAAAAAAUCUCCCCUAUCCCUUCUCAUUCACCUCAUUCGCUCUCGGAUUCUUCAUUCCAUUGGAGCUUCCAACCUAAUACGCACCAUUGCAUUCACUACGAACGCCUAGGAUAUACGCAGCUAGAGUUUAUUAUUACUGCCGGAAAUUUUCUUGGAACAAGUGAUGGCUGUGGAACCGACGGUGCCGAAUUCGCCGGCGUCGCUGUACGUUGGAGAUUUGGCGAUGGACGUGACGGAUGGUAUGCUGUUUGACGCUUUUUCGGAGUUCAAGAGCCUCGCAUCCGUUCGUAUCUGCCGUGACUCCUCCACUGGCCGCUCCCUUGGUUAUGGCUAUGUCAACUUCAUCUCGCCUCAAGACGCCAUCCAUGCUAUUGAGGUGAAAAAUCAUUCCACAUUGAACGGGAGGGUGAUAAGGGUUACGUGGUCACAUCGUGAUCCAGAUGCAAGAAGAAGUGGAAUUGGAAAUGUCUUUGUCAAGAACUUGUGUGACACCAUGGAUAGUGUGAAGCUUCAAGAAAUGUUUCAGAAGUUUGGUAAUAUAUUAUCCUGUAAAGUUGUCACUUCUGAUGAUGGGAAGAGUAAAGGAUAUGGCUUUGUCCAGUUUGAGUCUGAAACCUCUGCAAAAGCUGCCAUUGAGAAGCUCAACGGUUCAACCGAUGGAGACAAACAGAUGUAUGUGGGUAAAUUUGUGAAGAAGAGUGACCGAGCUGUUCCUAGUCAUGAAGCAAAGUACACAAAUCUGUACAUUAAGAAUUUGGAUACGGGUUUCUCCGAGGAAGUCCUUAUGGAGAAGUUCGCUCAAUUUGGAAAAAUAGUAAGCUUAGCUGUCUCGAAGGACGAUAAUGGGGCAUCAAGGGGCUUUGGAUUUGUCAACUUUGAGAAUCCGGACGACGCUAAACGUGCAGUGGAAGCUUUACAUGGAUCACAACUUGGCUCGAAGGUUUUAUAUGUUGCCCGGGCACAGAAAAAAUCUGAACGUGAGGAAUUGCUACGCCGCCAAUUUGAGGAGAAAAGGAAGGAACAGAUCCUCAAGUACCAGGCUUCAAAUGUGUAUGUGAAGAAUAUUGAUGAUGACGUCACUGAUGAUGAGCUGAAGGAACAUUUUAGUCAGUGUGGCACAAUUACCUCCGCAAAGAUUAUGAGAGAUGAUAAAGGAGUGAGCAAGGGAUUUGGAUUCGUUUGCUUCUCCACGCCAGAGGAGGCAAAUAAAGCUGUGUAUACUUUCCAUGGAUUCAUGUUGCGUAGGAAGCCAUUGUAUGUUGCAAUUGCUCAGAGGAAAGAGGAAAGGCAUGCCAAAUUACAACUUCUAUAUGCUCAACGAAUGGCAGCAUUAGCAGGACAACAAUCCACUGUUAUUCCUGGUGGAUAUUCUCCUCUUUAUUAUCCAGCUCCUGGUGUUGUUUCACCGAUUCCUGCACAACCUGGUCUGAUGUAUCAGCCUCCGGGUAUCAGGCCAGGAUGGAGGGCUAAUAGCAUCACGAAUCCUACUAGACCUGCAGUUCAACCAUCUCCAGUUGCCUCGGUACCUAAUAAUUCAAGAAAUCAAAGACAGAACAGGGGAAGAACGAACUCGCAUAUCCUUCCACAGGGUGCUGGCCUGUCAUACCCACCACAUUUGCAACAACAGACUCAUUCUUUGGCUUCGUCAAAAGAUUCAAGCAACCAUCAGCCUAUAGUCAUCGCUGCUGGACUGGGUGCUGAGGGGUCAGAGAUGUUAAGUAGCGUGCUUGCUGCAGCUCCUCCAGAGCAGCAGAAACAGAUACUUGGGGAGCGUCUUUAUCCUCUUGUUGGUCAUCAUCAGCCUGAUCUAGCAGCAAAGAUAACAGGAAUGCUUUUGGAGAUGGACAAUUCUGAACUACUAGUGUUAUUAGAUUCACCAGAUUCACUAGCAGCCAAGGUGGAAGAGGCGGUUGAGGUGCUCAAACUCUCCAAGUCCAAAGUCUCAAACCAAGACUCUCUGCGCUCGAAUUACCUUUCUGCUGAAGUCGCAGUCAACUGAGGGAACCCGCCGUGUCUCUCUAAUAUACUUCGAUAAUCACGUCUACAAAUCCAAAAAUUUUCACUAGGAACACCCGUUAUUUUUCAAUCUGGCUACACAAGUGUUGCUGUAUUGGACCUUGUUUGCAUGCUCUUGACAUUGGCAUAGGAUCUGAAUUUAGUAGUGAGUGACGACUAUACCUGAUAUUUAGUUCCAUUUUGCAACUACUACAGACUACAUAGAGUUAGAAACUAAAUCUGCAGACUAAUCCCAGUUUUCGAUUUGUUUUUUAA